AUGACCACACCACCAUCAUCGAUCGUCUCGGUCAGCACACCUAGAGUGGACAAGAAACAAGAGGAAAACUCUUUACAAUGGAAUGAGAGUCCUCCCGUGCAAGUUUUGAUCACGAGGGGUUUGAAGAAGGAAGAAAGUGAAAUUAAGGAUGAAAUCUUCUUUUUGAAGAAUGGCAUGCAGAACAUGAACAAAUUUGCUAAUGGAUAUUGGUGGGGCUCUCGUGUGCAUGGACAUGAAGUAGGUGAAAUGGUCGUUGAGGCAAUUGGGCGCACAAUUGAUGGGAUGAUUGGAUCAGAUGUGGUUUCAGGGAAGUCAGGAAUCAUAGGAGCUGCUGAUGUGGACUAUGUCCGAGUUCUGGAGCGUAAUUGGAAGUAUCGCAAGCAUGGGUGUCGUCGUCCAAGCCUCGUCAUCGUCCAUCACAAGCUACGUGGAAGCUUCUUCUUCAUCGAUCCGGGUUGA